CCUUACUAUACCCAUCUUAAACCCAUUCCACUCUACCUGUUCUCUCUCCCUUGCUUGUGGUCUUCUCUAUGCAACAAUGGCUGUCUUGAUCUCAUUGUUGAUUGCUCUUUGCUUCCUCUUCAGUGGUUCUGCUUUUGCUGUUAUUCCUCUAGAAGGAUUUUUACCAAAUGGCAACUUUGAAACCAAACCAAAACCAACUGACCUCAAAAAAACAGUACUCCAAGGAAAAUACUCACUACCCAAAUGGGAAAUCAGUGGCUUGGUGGAGUACAUCCAUGGCGGCCCACAGCCCGGUGGAAUGUACUUUGCAGUGGCCCACGGCGUCCACGCAGUGAGGCUCGGAAACGAGGCCUCAAUCUCUCAGACAAUCCCAGUGAAAAAUGGGUCUCUCUAUGCACUAACAUUUGGUGCAUCAAGAACUUGUGCACAAGAUGAGGUGUUGAGAAUCUCAGUGCCUCCUCAAUCAGGAGACCUUCCUAUUCAGACACUGUAUAGUAGUGAUGGUGCUGAUACCUAUGCUUGGGGGUUCAUAGCCAAAUCUAAUGCUGUGAAGGUGAUUUUCCACAAUCCUGGGGUUCAAGAGGAUCCUACCUGUGGGCCACUCUUGGAUGCUGUUGCCAUUAAAGAGCUCUUCCAUCCAAUGCCUACAAGAGGUAAUUUGAUCAAGAACAGUGGUUUCGAGGAGGGUCCCCAUCGAUUCAUGAACUCUUCCAAUGGAGUGCUCCUCCCACCCAAACAGGAAGAUCUCAUGUCCCCACUUCCUGGCUGGAUCAUUGAAUCCCUCAAAGCUGUCAAGUUCAUAGAUUCAAAGCACUUCAAUGUCCCCUUUGGACUUGCAGCCAUUGAAUUGGUUGCAGGGAGAGAAAGUGCCAUUGCCCAAAUCAUCCGAACAGUCCCCAACAAAGUUUACAAUUGUACAUUCACUGUAGGGGACGCAAAGAAUGGUUGCCAUGGAUCGAUGAUGGUGGAAGCAUUUGCUGCAAAAGAUACUCUGAAAGCUCCCUUCACAUCCCGGGGAAAGGGUGAGUUCAAAACUGUUAGCUUCAAGUUCACAGCAAUUUCAGCCCGGACCAGAUUAACUUUCUUCAGUUCGUUUUACCACACAAGGGUUGACGACUAUGGAUCUCUCUGUGGCCCUGUUAUUGAUCAAGUUAGUGUUCUUCAUGUGGCUUAAAUGGUGUAAUCCAAAAUAGGAUACUGUUUAGUUCUUAACUAUAGAGUUGCUGUGUCUGGUCAAUUGAUCCUGCUUUUGUAAACUGGCCGUUGAUGAAGCGUAUGUUCGGACUAUGAAACUGCUUGAAUUAUUAAAAAUGCCUACUUUCAGUUGCUUGUAUGAUUUGGUGUUUGAUAUGGUGUCACUAAGAGAGACUCGUCAGCACCCAUCAAGGCAGCUUCAACUCUGAAUGGAAAGACCUUAUUAUCCGAGUUCUCAAGUUUGACUCUUGUAAAAGAUGUCUUGUUGAUGUAAUCUGUGUUGGUGAUAGGUGGUUGCACUUAUUUUGAAUUUACGUUGUAAUCACAAGUCCAAAGGACACGCGAUUUGGGC